AUUUAGGAAAUCACCAAAAAAGCUGCUUAAGGGAGAGAGAUAGAGAGUGAAAGCUACUUGAGAGAAAGAGAUUGAGCUCUGAGAAAAUCCAGCAAUGGCUUCGAAGCUUGUAGUUAUAAUCGUGUUUAUCCUCGAUCUCAUCGCCGUUGGAUUAGCCAUUGCCGCCGAGCAGAGAAGAAGUGUCGGCAAGGUUGAAACGGAUAGAGAGAAGCAAUAUGAGUACUGUGUUUAUGGUACUGACAUUGCUACAAGCUAUGGAGCUGGUGCAUUUGUUCUUCUCUUUGUAAGCCAAGUACUUAUUAUGGCUGCUAGUCGUUGCUUCUGCUGUGGGAAGUCCCUUAACCCAGGCGGUUCAAGAGCUUGUGCCAUUAUUCUCUUCCUCAUUUGCUGGGUGUUUUUCUUGAUCGCUGAGAUGUGUUUGCUAGCGGCAUCAAUCAGAAACGCGUACCACACACACUAUAGAAAGAUGUGGAACGUUGAAGAUCCACCAAGCUGUGAAGUUAUAAGGAAAGGAGUUUUUGCAGCUGGUGCUGCAUUCACACUCUUCACCGCCAUUGUCUCUCAGUUCUACUACGUUUGCUACUCUCGUGCUAGAGAUGCUUACCAGAAUCCGUCCUACUAAAAAUGUCGACUUCCACAGCAAGCAAAGUUUAAGCAUCAAGAGUUUGAAAUGUUCGUUUUGUGUUUGUUUAGCAUCAUCCAGUGUUGCUUAUCCUAUAGGAUGUUUAGGUUUUCUGUUGUCUCUUUAAGGAAACACUGAUAUGUGAUUGUUUC